UGCUCUGAUAUUAGGACCAAACCAGCUCAUGAUCAGCUGUAUGUGACACACCAUGUUCAGUACCAUAUACAGUAUGGGCAAACAGAAAAAUGGACCCAACCUGGCUGGAGAAUAGAGCAGAGGUAUGCAAACAAAGUUCUAAUUGGAAACUGGGUGGAAGAGAAGCUGCAGGUAGGGUUUAUAAUCUAUUACAUUUUCAGAGGAGACUGUCAUGCCUCAAAGAAGACAAAACACUUUGGGGAGUCAGCAUUCUCCACCCUAGGCAUUAGGAAAUGGAAUUCCCUCCCCACUACCUUAAGCACUAACAGUUCACUCAAGAGUGGCCUUGCUGCCAAGCUGCUUCUCUCCCACCACGGCACGCUGCCCUCCCAUUACCUGGUCACCCUCUAUGAUGAGAUGUACAGGCGCCAGGGCUCCUCCACCCUGCCCACAUUGUGCUCCUGGCAUCCAGACAGGCUGGAGAGGAUGUCAGAGAAGUCUGACCACCACCGUUAUCCAAUCUUGUCAGCUCUGAGCUCUCUCUCCUUCCCUUCCUUCUCCCUCCCACCUCCAACUAACUUUGGCCUGGUGGAGUCUAGACAGGCCUGCCUGGACCAGCAGCAGCCCCCCUUCUCAACGCUAAGUCUGUACAGGACAGCGUACCAGAGGCACCCACUAAGUGCAUUCUGCCAGCCCCGCUUAGCCAGUGUGCCACGUGACCUUUCCAGCAAGCUCCAUCCUGCCAAUCUGAACAACAAGGACCUGGAAAUGAAACAACAGUCCAGUAGACAGGUCCAAGACAACUCAGUCUCCGCCAGCCUCUUCCCUCCCCUCUCUUGGGUGUAGACACAUAGCUCAGGCUCACAAGCUGUUUAGAUACUCAGGGGCCGUACUCAAUGUGGUGCUGUUUGAGGAUUACAUUUUUUAUUAGUCUGAGACAUGAAAAAUUUAAUGGAGCAGAACAUUUGGGAAAUCAAAAGACGUAAAAAUUAAACAGGAGUCUCAUUAUAAUCUCUUAAAGUCUAGGCUCUCUCUUCCUCUCUCUCUGUGUGUGUGUGUGUGUGUGUGUGUGUGUGUGUGUGUGUGUGUGUGUGUGUGUGUGUGUGUGUGUGUGUGUGUGUGUGUGUGUGUGUGUGUGUGUGUGUGUGUGUGUGUGUGUGUGUGUGUGUG